AUGGAGGGCUGCGCCAACCGGCAGGAGGGAGUUUCAGGAAGACGCGCGGGCCGGCGGUUACAGUCAAGUGGCAUGAUCUAUCUUCCGUUCUUUCUUUGCACGCGCCAAAAUGUGCUGAGUUUUCACAUUGGCAGGCAGGUGCGCUGGGCGCUGGAGUCGGUGGGCGUGCCCGACAGGAGGAGGCGGGCGUGCCUCCUGGCGGAGGCGCGCGGCUUCGAAGCGGCGUGCGGGCGCGCCCCGCCCGCCCACGCGUGGCGCGGCUGGCCGUGGCGCUGCCGCUCUGGCGGCGUGCGGCGCUGGCUUCGCCGGCCGACCGCGCCGCCGCGGCCUAGCCUGUACGCGCGAGAUCGCCUACAGCGCUGCCCUCUUCCCGCAUCGCCAGGCAGGGCGACGACCGAGGCAGCACUACGCUCACGACGCCUUCGUCUGCUUAACAGGCUGGCGCAUGAAAAGCAGGCAAAAGCAGAGAACAAGACAUGGAAUGGAAGCGUUUCGUCCGCUACCUUAGCAAAUCGCUAUAAUUUCCUAUCUCUGUGCGUGGUGUGCGUGCGCAGCGGGGGCGACCGGUCGUGGGUGCUGCGCACGCUGGCCCCGCUGCUGGAGGCGCCGCCCGCGCGCUACCGCCUGUGCCUGCACGAGCGCGACUUCGCCCUGGGCUCCCUCAUCGUCGACAACAUCGCGCGCGCCAUCGAGCGCAGCCGGCGCGUCGUCGUCGUGCUCUCGCAGCACUUCGUCUCCAGCAAGCUGGGGCAGCUCGAGCGGCGCACGCUGCCGCGCCACCUGCGCUUCCUCAUGGACACGAGGACGUACCUCGAGUGGCCCGACGCGACAGCGGCGGCGGCGGGGCCGCCAACGGCAACGGUGCGGGAGUCGGCGCAGCGGCGGCUGCGAGAAGCCCUGGGGCCCAGCCUCCGCGAACGCCGCCGGCCCCGGCCUCGGCCCCGUCCUCAACCCGCCCUCGCCCGCUCCGUCCUCCCCAUCGAGGACGCCGCCGUGUGUCCUCCUCGCGCCGAACAAAGUGCGGUGUUUGCCAUCGAGGACGUGAAAUCGAGUGCUCGAAACGGUGAUGGCUCCAGAUCGAAGAAACAGAUCCCCGCCAUUGAGGACGGUUCAGUUGAAAGGACGUACAGA